GGUCUGCACCGGAAGUGCCUAUGCUGCCGAUGUGGUACCUAGUGACUGUGGUAUCCUUCGCUCUCUCGUUUCCCGGGCUGGAUAUUUGCGUCGCGCCAUGGCGCCCAAGGGCAAAGUGGGGACAAGAGGGAAGAAGCAGAUAUUUGAAGAGAACAGAAAGACCCUGAAGUUCUACCUGCGGAUCAUAUUGGGGGCCAAUGCCAUUUACUGUCUCGUGACCUUGGUCUUCUUCUACUCAUCUGCCUCAUUUUGGGCCUGGAUGGCCUUGGGCUUUAGUCUGGCAGUAUAUGGGGCCAGCUACCACUCUAUGAGCUCAAUGGCACGGGCGGCCUUCUCUGAGGAUGGGGCCCUGAUGGAUGGUGGAAUGGACCUCAACAUGGAGCAGGGCAUGGCAGAGCACCUUAAGGAUGUGAUCCUAUUGACAGCCAUUGUGCAGGUGCUCAGCUGCUUUUCCCUCUACAUCUGGUCCUUCUGGCUUCUGGCUCCAGGCCGGGCCCUUUACCUCCUGUGGGUGAAUGUGCUGGGCCCUUGGUUCACGGCAGACAGUGGUGCCCCAGCGCCAGAGCACAAUGAGAAAAGGCAGCGCCGACAGGAACGGCGGCAGAUGAAACGAUUAUAGCCACUAACAUUGUGACCACAGGCUGCUGGGCUCUGGAUGGCUCGAUCAGGCUGCAUGGCCCCAUGCCAGGAGUAAUGAGGGCCUAGCCCAGGGGCCGAAAGCAGUCUAAGGCAUAGGAUUGUUGAAUAAAAGGUUUAGAAUGUGGCUGAUGGCUGCAUGGGUAAUGAUGAGGCAUGAGGCAAGAAGAACUUACACUCUUGGAAUUUUCCUUCUGCUAUUGAAUCAACAUGGUCUAUACCCUGAAAGAAGAUAAAGGCUCUCGGACUGGCUAAGAAAA